CAUAAUUUCACUAUUUACUAACGUAAAACACACUCCCCGUCGUUUCUCGAAGUGCCACCCCCUUUUUUUUUCUGCUUUUUAUUUACUCCCCGACACACACACCCGCAGAGAAGAAGAAGUUCAUCCCAAAGUAACAAGUUGAUCUGUUGUGGAAAGGAACUUUGUAAUUUAAACAUUGAAAAUGGGGGAUUCCAAGGGAGGUUUGUCGCACUCACAACUUCUGAAAAAUUUGGGCGCUGGUGACUACUUGUCACUUUGGAAAGGCUAUGGGCCAUGUGGGAUUGUUAGUACUGUUAUUAUUGGUAUUCUCAUACCUAUAUUACUGUCUGCUCUGUUCCUGGGAAAGAAAAAGGGAAAGCAAAGAGGAGUUCCAGUGCAAGUUGGUGGUGAGGCAGGUUAUGCAAUUCAAAAUGCUCGAGUUAGUGAGUUGGUUGAAGUUCCUUGGAAAGGAGCCACAACCAUGGCAGCUCUAUUUGAGCAAUCUUGUAAAAAGAAUUCACGAAAUCCAUUUCUUGGAACAAGAAAGCUAAUUAGCAGAGAAUUUGUCACAGGUAGUGAUGGUAGGAAGUUUGAGAAGCUACACUUAGGGGAUUAUGAAUGGCAAACUUAUGGAGAGAUAUUUGAUCGUGCUUGCAACUUUGCAUCUGGGCUUGUCAGUUUAGGUCAUAAUUUAGACAGCCGUGCUGCCAUUUUUUCUGACACUCGGGCAGAGUGGUUCAUUGCCCUUCAGGGAUGCUUUCGACAAAGUAUCACUGUUGUUACUAUUUAUGCUUCUCUGGGCGAGGAUGCCCUGAUCCACUCACUUAAUGAGACCCAAGUAUCAACUCUUAUUUGCGAACCCAAGCAGUUGAAGAAGUUGGCUGCAAUAAGCUCAAGCCUAAAGAGUAUCCAAAAUGUUAUAUACUUUGAAGAUGAUGGAAUUGAAAAUGAUAUUACUUCUGGAAGUAUGAACGAGUGGACACUGACAUCUUUUUCUGAGGUUGAGAAACUUGGGAAAAGAAGUCCUGUUAAUCCAAGCCUGCCUUCCAAAAAUGGCAUUGCUGUUGUCAUGUAUACAAGUGGCAGUACAGGUUUACCAAAGGGGGUUAUGAUCACUCAUGGAAACAUUGUAGCCACUGCUGCAGGUGUUAUGAAAGUAAUCCCAAAACUGGGUAGAAAUGAUGUGUACUUAGCGUACUUGCCCCUGGCUCAUGUUUUUGAACUGGCAGCUGAGUCUGUGAUGUUGGCUGCAGGUUGUGCAAUGGGUUAUGGUUCAGCAUUGACAUUAACUGACACUUCUAAUAAAAUUAAGAAAGGAACCAAGGGGGAUGCUUCUGUGUUAAAGCCAACCCUCAUGACAGCAGUCCCAGCUAUUUUAGAUCGAAUUCGUGAUGGAGUUGUGAAAAAGGUUGAGGAAAAAGGUGGGUUAGUGAAGCAUCUAUUCAACAUUGGAUGUAAGCGACGUCUAGCCGCUGUAGAAGGAAGCUGGCUUGGGGCUUGGGGAUUGGAGAAAAUUUUGUGGGAUAUCGUUGUCUUUAAAAGAAUACGCACUUUACUUGGAGGACACAUCCGUUUCGUGCUCUGUGGUGGAGCUCCUUUAUCUGGGGAUUCACAGCGGUUUAUCAACAUCUGCAUGGGGGCUCCUAUUGGUCAAGCAUAUGGCUUGACUGAAACAUUUGCUGGAGCCACUUUUUCUGAGUGGGAUGAUUCAACAGUGGGACGUGUUGGACCACCGCUUCCUUGUUGCUACAUUAAGCUUGUUUCUUGGGAAGAAGGUGGAUAUCUGUCAACUGACAAACCAAUGCCCCGAGGAGAGAUUAUAGUGGGAGGUUUCAGUGUAACUGCUGGUUACUUUAAAAAUCAAGAAAAAACCGAUGAAGUGUACAAGGUUGACGAGAGUGGCAUGCGCUGGUUUUAUACUGGUGACAUUGGAAAAUUUCACCCAGAUGGAUGCCUUGAAAUUAUUGAUAGGAAGAAGGAUAUAGUGAAACUUCAACAUGGAGAAUAUGUCUCCCUUGGAAAGGUUGAGGCAGCUCUCACUUCAAGUAGUUAUGUGGAUGGUAUCAUGGUACAUGCAGAUCCCUUCCACAGCUAUUGUGUAGCACUAGUUGUUCCUUCGCAGCAGGUCCUCAAGAAGUGGGCCCAACAAGCUGGCAUCAACUACAGUGAUUUUUCUGAGCUGUGUGACAAAGCUGAAAGUGUCAGCGAGGUUCAGCAAUCUCUUUCUAAGGUGGCAAAAGCUGCAAAAUUGGAUAAGUUUGAAACUCCUGCAAAGAUUAAGUUGCUGCCUGAACAAUGGACCCCCGAGUCUGGAUUAGUUACUGCUGCUCUCAAGAUAAAGAGGGAACAACUGAAGGCCAAGUUUAAGAAUGAGCUUCUAAAAUUAUAUGCGUGAAACUUGUAUUGACUUGAGUGUUUUCAUGACCUGGUGUUUUAUUUCAUACUCAAAUUUUGUAGUUUUCCUUGGUGAUAAUAUGUUGUUACAUAUUGAUACUGAUGCGUGUAUCAAAUUUUCAGUUAAUGCUUGUUAUGGCUAAAUCAAGUUUUCCCCAUUUAUCCC